CCUUUAUUUGUCGUGACAAACUUAUUACAAACGUCACUCAGUUCAAGUGUACACGAAACCACCUCUUAAAUUCAACAGCGAACUAACAAUUCUCCAUUUCUGCCGAAGCUUAGAGCUCCGAUUUCGUGAUCUUUUUGCCAAAACCCAAACCCAAUUAUCCGAAUAGAGAAGCACUAUGGGAAGCGUUGCUAAGGGGAGAGCCACCAUUGAAGUAGGAUCCGAUGGGGUGGCUAUCAUCACCAUCAUCAAUCCUCCUGUCAAUUCCCUCUCAUUUGAUGUGCUUAACAGCUUGAAAGAUAGUUAUGAGCAAGCUUUAAGAAGAGACGAUGUGAAGGCAAUAGUUGUUACUGGUGCAAAGGGCAAGUUCUCUGGUGGCUUUGAUAUAUCUUCAUUUGGUGGAAUUCAAGGGGGGAAAGUGGAUCAACCGAAGCUUGGUUUUAUAUCAGUGGACAUUCUAACUGACACUGUAGAAGCUGCAAGAAAACCUUCAGUUGCUGCAAUUGAUGGCCUUGCCUUAGGUGGAGGGUUAGAGGUUGCAAUGGCAUGCCAUGCACGCAUCUCAACUCCUACUGCGCAGUUAGGCCUACCUGAACUUCAACUUGGGAUUAUACCUGGUUUUGGAGGAACACAGAGACUUCCGCGUCUUGUUGGCAUCUCAAAGGCCCUUGAAAUGAUGCUGACAUCAAAACCAGUGAAAGGGGAAGAAGCUCAUGCUUUGGGUCUUGUAGAUGCAUUAGUUUCACCUAAUGAGUUGGUGAAUGCUGCACGUCAAUGGGCCCUUGAUAUAUUGGAAGGAAGGAGGCCGUGGGUUGCUAGUCUUUACAAGACUGAUAAGUUAGAUCCCCUUGGAGAGGCAAGAGAGAUAUUUAAGUUUGCAAGAGCACAAGCUCGGAAACAGGCUCCUAAUCUUGAACAUCCAAUAGUUUGCAUUGAUGUUGUUGAAGCAGGUGUGGUUUCUGGUCCUCGGGCUGGACUCUGGAAGGAGGCAGAAGAGUUCCAAUUGCUUGUCCGUUCUGACACCUGCAAAAGCUUGGUCCACAUUUUCUUUGCUCAGCGUGGAACCACAAAGGUUCCUGGAGUCACUGACAAGGGCUUGAUGCCCAGACGAGUGAAUAAAGUUGCUGUGCUUGGUGGAGGACUAAUGGGUUCUGGAAUAGCAACUGCACUGAUCCUUAGUAAUUAUCCAGUAAUACUGAAAGAAGUAAAUGAAAAGUUCUUGCAAGCUGGGAUAGAUAGAGUAAGAGCCAAUCUGCAAAGCCGUGUCAAGAAAGGAAAAAUGUCUCAAGAGAAAUUUGAAAAAACCCUCUCUCUUCUUAAGGGUGUCCUUGAUUAUGAAAGCUUUAAAGAUGUGGAUAUGGUGAUUGAGGCCGUCAUUGAGAAUAUUUCUUUGAAGCAACAAAUUUUUUCUGAUCUUGAAAAAUAUUGCCCACCGAAUUGCAUACUUGCAAGCAACACCUCAACAAUUGAUUUGAACUUGAUAGGCCAGAACACCAGGUCUCAGGAUCGGAUCAUUGGAGCCCAUUUCUUUAGUCCGGCUCAUGUUAUGCCACUUUUGGAGAUUGUCCGUACCAAUCAAACAUCUCCUCAAGUAAUUGUGGACUUACUAGAUGUUGGAAAGAAGAUAAGGAAGACUCCCGUUGUGGUUGGAAAUUGCACAGGAUUUGCUGUCAACAGGAUGUUUUUUCCUUACACACAAGCUGGUCUUUUGCUAGUUGAACGUGGGACGGACCUUUAUCGGAUUGAUAGGGCAAUCACCAAAUUUGGAAUGCCAAUGGGCCCAUUCCGGCUGGCUGAUUUGGUUGGUUUUGGUGUGGCCAUAGCAACUGGCUUGCAAUUUGUUCAAAAUUUCCCUGAGCGAACCUAUAAAUCAAUGCUCAUCCCACUAAUGCAAGAGGACAAGAGAGCAGGGGAAAGUAGUCGCAAAGGGUUCUACUUGUACAAUGAUAAGCGCAAAGCUAGCCCAGAUCCUGAAUUAAGGAAAUACAUUGAAAAAGCUAGAAGUAUUUCUGGUGUUGCCGUUGAUCCUAAGCUUGAAAAGCUACCUGAGAAGGACAUUGUGGAGAUGAUUUUCUUCCCAGUUGUGAAUGAAGCCUGUCGAGUCUUUGCUGAAGGAAUUGCUGUCAAAGCUGCAGACCUUGACAUUGCAUCUGUUAUGGGCAUGGGCUUUCCGCCUUACAGGGGAGGUAUUUUGUUCUGGGCUGAUUCUCUUGGAUCCAAGUAUAUUUACUCAAGAUUGGAGGAAUGGUCAAAGAUAUAUGGAGAAUUUUUCAAGCCCUGUGCUUUCUUGGCUGAAAGAGCUGCCAAGGGUGCUCCACUGAGUGCUCCAGUGGAACAAGGAAAAUCUCGAUUGUAAGAUUUAUUUGGUGGUGCAUUUGCAGCUAUUUUCCAUUUCUCUUGAAUUUUCUCUCUUUAUCUUGUCCUUUCGAUCUCCAAUCCUAGCAAGCAAUAAUGUAUGAUGUGGAAAAAUUCGACAAUAAGAAGCACCAAAGAAAUGAGAGCAUAGAUUAUUAAUAAUAUGAUAAUAUUUAAUUAGAUAUGAGAUA